CUCUUGCCUCUGUCUUCUCAACGUAAAGACAGGCAGGGCGGGCACGAAGCGAAGGGACCAGCCAGCGAGCGGCUCGCCGGCGACGACCCUCUCCCCGCCCCACCCCGCCCACGGAAGCACGGAGAAGAUGUCCGCCGCAUACCCUCGUCUCCUCCUCUGUCUCCUGACCCUAGCCCUGGCUCUCGCAGGGGUCGCCGCGGGCAAGAUCUCGGCCCCCCGCACCCCGAUCUCGCGCGACAUCUACCACUCCAGUGACUCUCUUCUGCGUGAAAUCAAGGCUUUGGUUGCUCGGCAUUCCAGCAAAUUGAGUAUGGACACUAUCAAAACAAGCAACAAAGGCUAUUCUGCAGAGCUGUUUGUAGUUACAUUUAAUCAUGUGAAGGAGCGCAUGGAUAAUGGCUCAAAAGUUCAUAUCCUUCUGAGCUUUGGGCAGCAUGGCAGAGAACUUAUCACCUCCGAAGUUGCAUUACGUCUUCUCUAUGUUUUAACGGAGAAGCCCAAGAUCGCUGGUGUGGAUAUUUCAUCCUUUGAGAAACUGCUGGAGAACCUUGUGAUCAAAGUUGUGCCGAUGGAAAAUAUGAAUGGUCGCAAACGUGUCGAAGAAGGGGAGCUUUGUGAUAGGAGAAAUGGAAGAGGAGUUGAUCUCAACAGAAAUUGGAGUGUUGACUGGGGAAAGAAAGAAAAAGACUACGACCCAUACGAGGAGAAUCCUGGUAUUGCUCCUUUUAGCGAACCUGAGGCCCAGAUCAUGAGGGAAUUAUCAAGGUCGUUUAAACCUCAUAUUUGGGUGAACGUGCAUUCUGGAAUGGAGGCCUUAUUUAUGCCAUAUGAUCACAAGAAUACCACACCAAAUGGAGCAUCUGCACAUUCGAUGCGGUCAGUCUUAGAGAAUUUGAACCGUCGCCAUUUCCAAGAUAGCUGCCUAGUUGGGUCAGGUGGUGGAUCUGUUGGAUAUCUUGCACAUGGUACAACAACUGAUUACAUGUAUGACAUUGCAAAGGUGCCAAUGCCGUUCACCUUUGAGAUAUAUGGAGAUGAGAAAGCAUCUUCCGAUGACUGCUUCAAAAUGUUCAAUCCUGUUGACAAGAAAACAUUCGACAGAGUUGUUAACAAGUGGUGCAUGGCAUUUCUCAUUCUCUUCGAGGAAGGCCUGCGAAACCUGCGAGACGCGCAGAUAGUGUCGCAAGGCACGCUGGAAAACUGGGUCCCAAUUGGAGGAGACAUCGUCGAGAUAAAUGUGGAGCGGAAGAGCAGCAUCCGUGAGAGGAGGAAGCUGGAAGGCCUCGACCUUGGAAUGCAGGAGCUAAGGACAUAUUUCCGGCUAUUCUUGCUGUCAACAUUCCUGUUGAUGUUCAUGUUCUGCGCGCGGAUAUCAAAGAACAGAAACCGAGACUCAGGUAACUUGUUUGACCCUUGAAUGAAGUACCAAAGAGAGCAUCGGUGGGGGGGGGCCUCCUCCGAGCUGAACUUCGGGUGCAAAGAGCGAUCCCCUCAGAUCAGACGAACAAAGCGAUCUGAAACAUUCAGAGCUGGAAUACAGCUCUGCCUUCGCACCCUGGUAUUCGGAGCUGGACGUCCCGUAUACUUUGGACACGAAGGAUGGUGGCAGGCAGUGUCUGUUUAGGUUACAGCAGAGACGCCAGACGAUGUGGCUAACUGUUUAACAAAAUUGUAGCUGUAAAAAUCGCCCAUGUCAGUUUUUUUUUGGUGAUGCAUAGGUUUUACUACUACAUUUUGAUGGAAGGUUGUUAGUGCACCCAACACUUGGUACGGUGCCAUCAGUUGAUGUAACAUCUCACUGAUCGAGCGGUUUAUGUGGAAUUGUGUUGGCUCG